UGCUCAUGGUUUGCUGAUGUGCUCCCCUACCUCGCCCGCCUCCCAAGCUGCUCGAGGACCACUACGCCGGUGCCCGGGCCGCGCUUGGGCUCCGCCUCCUGGGCUCUCAGGGCGCGGGCGUCGUGCUCUUCUGCCUGUUCCCCACCGCCAGCUGUGGCGAGGCCCGCCUCCCGGCCAUCAAUUUCUACGCCUUGCUUGUGGCACUGAAUAAUUAACAAUGCGAGGUGCCGGUUUUGUUCCGAGCGCGGCUCUCUACCCUGACACUGAUGCUUGGAUGAAAGCCCAUUCCGGGUACGCAUACUUCAAGUUGUGCUCAUUGUUCGCCGACAUGCUCCCCUGCCUCGCCCGCCUCCUCCUCCGCCUCCCCACGCUACUCGAGGACCACUACACCAGUGCAUGGGCCGCGCUCGGGCUCUGCCUCCUGGGCUCCCAGGGUGUGGGCAUCGUGCUCAUCGGCCAGUUGCUUGCCCCCGUGCUCUUCUGCGUGUUCCCCACUGCCGGACAUGGGUUUUAUCAGCAGGGCACUGACCAACAAUGUGAGGUGCCGGUUUUGUGUCGUCUGACAGUGAUGCUUGGAUGAAAGCUAACGCGCCCCUCUCUGCCCAUUCUGGAUUUAGAUAUGGAUUAGAGCAUCUCCAAUGGCCGCACAACAAUUUCGCGCCCAAUAAAGGUUACAGCGCGCCACUGUAGCAUUUUUAAUGCGUCGGGACCAACAUUGCUUUACCAGACGCCCAAAACGCGCGCCCAAAAAGCACGCAGUGCAACUUGUGAAGCGCGCGCAAUCUGGAGCCCAAAAUAUGCUGCGCGCGAUAGCUUUUUUCAGCACGCGCGCAAAAACUUUUAGCGCUACAGCUUGUGCUGGAGCUGUUCGGCGCCCAAAAAACCGAACUUUUAGUGCGCGGAGCUCUUUUUGGGCGCCUCUUGGAGAUGCUCUUAGAGCACUAGUUAGGAAUUUACACAUAGUUAUAUCAGCUGUAUGUGCCAUCAUAAAUUUGA